AAGAAAGUAAUCAUAUAUAUAUAUAUAUAGAAGUAGAUAGAACACAUCCAUUUGAUCAAGUCAAAAAUUCAUACUUGAAUAUAAUUAUUACAUAUAUAUAUAUAUUAUAUAUAUAUCAUGGCAUCCUCAACUCAUCAUCGAAGCAUAUACAGCGCCGGCGGUGCCACCUCAGCGCCGCCGCCGACUCCCUCGACUCAACCCAAUAACCUCUUGUCCACCAACGAAGGCGCAGGAGCCGACGCCGAUGCCUUAUCUCGGCUUCUCCAUCGGCUCCCGCCUUCUCUGGCUCUCCCCACACGGCGCCGCGUAGGCCUCCAAGCUGCCACGUGUCCUCCCGUGAUCUCGUUUACCGAUCGGACUGAUGAUAAUGACUCUGUCGGAAAUAAUAGUAUAAUGGAAGAUCUCCUCUCCUCCGCUUCCCAACUCGGCUUCUUCCAACUCAGUAACCACUCCAUCUCCUCCGAACUCGCUAAGUCGGCCGAGUUGGAAGCGCUCUCUCUCUUCGACCUACCAAGAGAGAAAAAGGAAUCUCUCUUUCGUAAGGACUGGCCUCUUGGAUACGAAGGAGAGGAAGACGAAGAAGGAGACGGACUCGCCGAGUCUUUCUGUCUGGACGAGUCGUGUGCGGCCGAGUCGAGCGAGUUACGUUUAGUAUCCUUGUCCGAGUUGACUCGGGCUCUUGGGAAAGUCGGGUUGAGGAUCGUCGAGUUGCUUUCCGGGUCGGUCGGGUUUGAUAACCCGUUAGGGAAAGAUGGUCCGGACCGGUUUUGUACGUUGAUGUGGAUAUCUUCAGAAAGUUCUCCCGGAAAUGAGAUGAUGACGUCAGGCGGGUUUUACCCGUAUAUAGUCGGGUUACAGUAUCAAAUACGAGGUGGCAAAAGCUCGUUGCUUGCGGAUUCGGGUCGGGUCACUGUGUCGCCUCUGGCGGACUCUGUUUUGGUUACUAUAGGUGACAUUGCUCAAGUAUGGAGCAAUGGAAAGUUGAAGAAAGUGAGAGGAAGAGCAAUGGCAAAUUCAGGGGAAGGAAUAUCAAUGACGGUGUUAGUGACUCUUCCUUUAGAGAGUAGAGUCUCUCCACUUAUCCCAAAACAAACUAUUUUAUGUGAAAAAGAAGAAGAAGAAGAAGAAGAAAACAAUAUGGUUUUUAACUCUUUCUCUUUUGAGGAUUAUGCAUGGAGAGUUUACCAUGAGCGUCUUCACCUCAAAGAUCCUCUCGAUAGGUACCGAGUUAUGACCUAAGUAAUAAUAAUAUUUAUGUAAUUUUUACCUAAUAAUUCCAACUAGUUUAAAUUUUUGGCAGAGUACAGAUACAUAAGUCAUUUAUGUUUUUCUUUGGUUCCAAUUAGCUAGAUUGAUUCUUGGUAUGCGUUAUUUGGUUAAUUUGUUGAGAAAUGCUAAAAGGUACUACAGGAGUGUUUAGUACCCUACAAUGUGUUAAUAUCGUUAUUGGUGUAAAUAAGUAUGAGGUCCCAUAUAGUUUAAUAUAA